CUCAUCCACGUCUCGCCUUGAGAGGUGGGUAAACAUCAGCUAUCCGAAAAGCAGGCGAGUCGGCAGUCAUCUACGAUCGACUCCUCGCGAAGGCGCGGCGAUGCUCUCCCUCUGUGUUCUGAUGCUGCAUCAAGUGCCGAUGCUGGCUUCAGCUUUGCAGUCAUCCCAUGUCCUCGGUGUUCUCACUCCAGCACACAGCACCUCGGCAUUUCUUCCCGCGCCCUCAGCAAGGCCGAGAAGGCGAAGAUCUCCUCCCUCCCGGUCCAUCGACGGCAGUCUGAUGACCCCAGCAUCACUGUCGAUGUCGCAGCAAAGCGAGGCUCCCUCCCCAUCCUACCCUCUGCAGUCGUUCUUUGUGCAGCCCAAGGUGUCCAUCGCCAUCGGCUCCUUCUGUCUGCUGGCCAUCCUCAUCAACCGCCUCAUUGACAUCACUGCUUACGCCUCGCAGGGGCGUGCGGAUCUGCUGGCGACUCUCGCCUCAGCUGGGUUGGUGCUGAUCGGCGUGGCUCUCGAGGACAUCACUGCAAAGGAGGCCGACAGGGUGGAGUUGGAUGCGGCUAAUCUCAUCCGUCAAGCAGAGGCGACGGCUGCCGAUGAACAACAGGAGGGUCUGCUACGGUGGGCAUCUGAGAGCCUCUUGCGUGGAACGCCCUAUCGGUCGGUGGUCGUCUUCAUUGCCGACGACAGCGACCUCAGCAGAGCGUCAAUUGUCCUGCGGCACGGCUACAUGGGGCAGGACUUGUCGUCCGUCGACCUGACCAGCUCACCAAUUCUGCGAAGCGCCUUCAGCAGUGCCAAGGCGGGCAUUUCUGAUGCCGUGUGUCUGCAAGACCUCAAGUUCCUCCCUGGCCGAGUUGAGCUGACCUACCUGCCAUCAAACGUGCCAAGCGUCGUGAUGCAGCCCUUCACGACGAGCGACGGGCGGCCAGGUGUGGUUGUGUGUGGGACCAACCGGCCUCGCAGUGUGACGGCGAGGCAUUUGGCAUGGACGGGAAAUGUGGCCAAGGCACUCGGACUUGGGCUGGGAAGGGGCAGGGAGCGCAAAGGGAGAUGAUGUCAUGUGCGCUGAGUGUUAGCAGCGUUGUGCAAGUGUGUGCAAGUGAGCAAUGGUUUCACUGUGUCGCGACUGAUGUCCGUGCAGAGUGUUAGCUGACAUGAAUGAAGCGCACUGUGUCCCGCAGUUCAAAUCAAGC